AGAGGAGGGCCUCCCUGUCGCAAGGAAGGGGGGCCAUUGGGACUGUCGCUCCUCCUCCUCCUCCUCCUCCUCCGCCGCCGCAGCCUGGCUCUGUCCUGGGCCUAGUCGCGGGAAGGACAGCCGCUGAGGGUUGGAAUAACACUGAAUCUUAUAGUGAAGAUACGUGUAGAACCUUGUUUGAACAGUAUCAUCACUUGGAACAGGAGAUGGGGCAAGUUGCUGAAGCAUGGCUUGAAUGCCAAAAAAGAAUAGAUGAUUAUGUUGAUGAAGAGGUGGCAAUUAGAACAAAGCAGCGCUUUUUGAAGGAAGACUGGGAAGUUUUUAAACAGAGGCAGUUCAUAGAACAGUUAAAUGGCAAGAAAGCAGUAUCUGCAGAAAAUAAUUUUACAGACACAAUGAGGCAUAUGUUGUCAUCACAACUGCAUAUUUCAGACUGUCCGAACUGUAAUUACAGGCGCAGAUGUACUUGUGAUGACUGCAGUCUUUCUCAUAUUCUGAUGUGUGGAAUUAUGGAUUCACCAGUUACGGAUGAUAUUCAUAAUAAUCAUCACCUGCCACUGCAAAUUGAUUCUGCUCCAGAUUGUCUGUCUGAAAUCCACCUAUCUAGUAUGUCAUCAGGAAGCUCAGGAUCCAGUUCCAGUUCUCCUUUCACUGUUCAGCAGACAGAGAGACCAAAGCUCAUUCUGAAUGAAAAUAGCUCUGAACCAAGUUUUAAUACUGAAAAUGAAGAUGUUGAAUCAGUAUCAGAAAAACUUGAGACUCUUUACUCCCUUAAUCACUGUGAUAAUGCUGACAUAGAAAAUGCCAGUGGAAUCCACAGACAGUUGAAUGAUUGUGUCAAGAACACAGCAUUAAAGCUGAAGUCUCCCCAGGGUAGCAGCACUAGCAGCAGUUCAUCAGAAGGAGAUGCUGACAAACCUAUUGAUAAGAGGAGUAGUCAUCUGCCAAGAAUUCAAGAAAGUGAUUUAAUAAAAGGAAAUAAUGUGAUAAGAAAGGAUGAAAGCAAAAGGGACAGUCCUGUGCCAUCAUACCCCACUCAGAAGGCUGAUCAAGUACCAGCUUGUUGUGAGUGCCAUAUCUGCAAACAGGAAACCCCAGGCCCCUCUUCCUUAGACAGUGAACAGAGAUGUCUUCCUGCUGGCCACCAGUUUAAGAUUCCAGAAAAGCCUACCCAUCCUGGCCUUCAUCUUUAUCCUCACAUUCAUGGACAAAUACCACUUCCUACUGUUCCUCAAUUAUCUCCUACUCUCCACACUUCCUUUUAUACUGCUCCACCAUUGGAACAGAAUAAGGCCUUGGUUCAGAAUCAUACAGACCAUCAGCAAAUACUCAAUACAUCAUUCCAAGAUCAUAUCUAUUCAAGUGGUUUUGGGAGUACUACAGACUGGAAGAGUUCUGAAUUUUUAAGCAUUUGGGAAUCAGAAGUCAUGAAUGAGAAGAACUGGUAUGCUUCCAACUUUUUGCAAGAUGAACUUACUGGAAAUGAUAUGAUAGCAUCACCUGCUAUAUCACCUGCUAAUGCCCUUCCUGUAACAACAGAAAAUGAAGGAAUGAUAGUGAAUGAUAGCAAGAAGAAGGAAAAUAUAUUAAAGAAAAAAUGUCUGUAUCACUUUCAAGAUGCUUUUAUGCACAAUAACAAAGUAGUUAUGGCAACAUCGUCAGCAACAUCUUCAGUCUCAUGCACUGCUACUACAGUACAAUCAAGUAACAACCAGUUUAAAGUUUCAUCUAAAAGAUCAUCAUCACUAGGUGAUGUGUUCCAUACCAUCAGUUCAGAGGAUCACAGAUGUUCUGCAUCAGCUGUAGCACAAAACAGUCCCACUGCUUUAGCACCACUGUCUUCUCUUUCUCCUGUGGUGCUUUCUCCAGCCUCUACCCCCCAUCUCCCAGGCUCCAAUAUUCCAUCAUUUCCCAGAGCUAUCACCACUGCUCCCAGCUUUGUGGAUACAAGUUUGGGUCUUUAUUCAACAACAGUUGCAUCUCCUUCAACCAAAGAGAGCUUGGUUAGUACUUCAUCAAGUGUUUGCAGUGACCCUGACUGUGAGGGCCAGCAUUGUGAACACAGUGAUAUAUAUGAUCAUCCACAUUAUGAUGGUGAAGACAGCCAAGAUUAUGAUAGCUGUUCAGAACACAGCUCAAGCACCUCAACAUCUACAAACCAAAAAGAAGGAAAAUACUGUGAUUGUUGCUACUGUGAAUUCUUUGGACAUGGAGGACCACCAGCAGCACCAACUAGUAGAAACUAUGCUGAAAUGAGAGAAAAACUCCGUUUGCGUUUAACAAAAAGGAAAGAAGAACAACCUAGAAAAUCAGAACUGAUCCUAGAGAGGGAAAGUGUUGUUGAUCAUCGAAAAGUAGAGGACUUGCUACAGUUUAUAAACAGCCCUGAGGCUAAGCCAGUUAGCAGCACACGGACAGCUAAAAGAGCAAGGCAUAAGCAAAAGAAGUUAAAAGAAAAGUCCCAGGUUGAAAUAGAAUCUGAAACGCAGCAGCAGCUUGAACAGCAACACCAAGGAGAUGAGACACAACAGCUCCAAGCCAUAAAGAAAAAGAAAAAGAGAACAAGUACCAACUGUGAUAAAAUGAAAGUGGUUACCCAGAAUUGUGGGGUAACGACAAAGCCUUCCUUAGGCACCCCGGGAAGUGUUCAAAGUAAGCUGUUAGAAAAAAGAGGAAUGUCAUCUGAUGCUCUGUCAAAACAAGCAGAUGAAGUUGAUAAGGACCCAGGUUCUGAAAAUUUCUGUGAGCCAUGUAAUCCAAUCAAGGAUAGAGACUCACAGCUGCUCUUCAACACUGAGAUGACAGUGAAAUCACACGAGCCCCUUUCUUUGCUUCUUAAUAUAAUGCAUAAUCACACAGAAGAUAACAACAAAGAGCAAAUUACACAGAUAAGCAAGCUGUUUGCUCAACAGUUGAAAAAGCCUUCCAAAGGAACAGAUAGUCAGCCUAAAAUAAAAAACAAAAUGAAAUCUAAAUUAAAAGUCACAGAACUGCAAUCACCUGCUGUUUCCCAAAAAGCGGAGAAAAAAGUAAGCACUAAUAAAUCUAAGCAAAUGAAUCCGGUAGCAAAAUCAUCUUUUGUGAGAAGCUCCUUUUUUCCAAGUGAGCAACCGCAUGAUAAGAUGCUGAUACAAGAUUCUCCCCAGCCAAAAGGCAAGAGCAAGAAAAACAAAAAGAAAAGUGACAAAGGAAGCUCAUCAAUUGAUGAUGUGUUUUUGCCUAAAGACGUUGACCUAGACAACGUGGAAAUGGAUGAGACAGAGCGGGAAGUGGAAUAUUUUAAGAGAUUCUGCCUGGAUUCUGCCAGACAAACAAGGCAACGACUUUCUAUCAACUGGUCAAACUUCAGCUUGAAGAAAGCCACCUUUGCGGCUCACUAAAAGACGCAGUAUGGAAUAUGAAUAUUAUGGAAUCUAAUGACUAACCUCACCUUCUCCUAUACUGAGAACUGUUGUGGCCUUGAGACCUAACUUUAUUUGUCAUGUUGUGUGGGAUCCUCACCAAUUAUGUAGCCUUUUCCCAGAUUCUAGAAGACUGAAAAAAUGCUGCUUUCUCCUUGCAUUUACAAGUUUUUGUGACUGAAGUCUGUGAAUGAGACUUAAUCCGACUGUAGCCUGAUGUCAUUGGACUUGGAAAAAUAGCAUGUUUCCAAUUUUUGGAGAAACGUUUGGCCUCAAACGUUUUAAGCAGCUGUGUUGAAAAUAGGCUCAUUUGCCUCAGCUGUAGUGGCUGUUGCCAUUAGACUAUGUCUUGUCUAUCAAACAGUGCAACAAACCCAGCCAAUUCUGCAUUUUUUCCGCUGUAGACUUCUUCAAACAAAGAGCCAUGGGAAAACAUACUUCUUGGAACAAGCAUUUACUUUUCCCCCACAGUCUACCAUUACAAAUGUUCCAAGUUAAGCUGUUAGUGUUUGAUUUCUGAUUUAUAGCCAGCUUGUGUAAAAAUUCUUGCAGAAGAAGGUUAACAAACCCGUACCCAUGUAUCAGAUCAGUAAAUUGUAUAACUUCAUUAACACUGAGGACUACCUGGCUAAUUUUAACAUAUUGUUAAAGAAUAUUAAAAUCAUGCCUUUCUUGUUGAAAGAUGGAAUAUAUUAGCAAUCACAAAA